UUGCAGCCCUUUUGACAAGGUGAAGGGUACCAAUGGAAUUAGAUACAUAUAAAAUGCUUCCAGUAUAUUCAGCAUAAUUUCUGCAGCUGUAAAAGAAGAACUUUCUUAUCCAUAUCUCCCCCUAGUGUUGUGCCUUUUAAUUGAGAACAUAACAUAUACAGUGGUGCCUUUCUGUGGAAAUGCAGUCUUGUCCAAAUUCUUGGCUCAGAUGCAUAGCGAGGGAUUGCAGUUCUCUCUGGGACAGAGGCCUUUAUCUUCAAUGUUUGCCACAGUCUGCAGGCCCUCAGUAUGUUUCUUUUUUCAGGUGGAAGAGAUAAGCGUGGGGGCCCCAUUCUAACAUUUCCAGCUCGAAGCAAUCAUGACAGAAUACGACAAGAGGACCUUAGGAGGCUCAUUUCAUACCUUGCGUGCAUCCCUAGUGAAGAGGUUUGCAAGCGAGGUUUCACAGUAAUUGUAGAUAUGCGCGGAUCAAAAUGGGACUCUAUUAAGCCACUUUUGAAGAUCCUACAGGAAUCUUUUCCAUGUUGCAUUCACGUUGCACUGAUAAUCAAGCCAGAUAACUUUUGGCAGAAACAGCGGACUAACUUUGGCAGCUCCAAGUUUGAAUUUGAGACAAACAUGGUGUCUCUGGAAGGCCUUACCAAAGUUGUCGACCCUUCUCAGUUAACUCACGAAUUUGAUGGCUGUUUGGAAUAUAACCACGAAGAAUGGAUAGAAAUCAGAGUUGCCUUUGAGGAUUAUAUUAGCAAUGCCACUCAUAUGCUCUCUAGGUUGGAGGAGCUGCAGGAUAUAUUGGCCAAAAAGGAUUUGCCUCAGGACUUGGAGGCAGCCCGGAGUAUGAUAGAGGAGCAUUCACAAUUGAAGAAAAAAGUCAUUAAAGCUCCUAUCGAGGAUCUGGACUUGGAAGGGCAAAAGCUACUGCAGAGGAUACAAAGCAGUGAGACUUUCCCCAAAAAGAACUCCGGGUCUGGAAACGUGGAUCUUCAGAAUCUCUUGCCGAAAGUAUCUACUAUGUUGGACCGGCUGCACUCAACACGGCAGCAUCUGCAUCAGAUGUGGCACGUACGGAAAUUGAAAUUAGACCAAUGCUUUCAGCUCAGGCUAUUUGAGCAGGAUGCAGAGAAGAUGUUUGACUGGAUCACACACAAUAAAGGGCUGUUUUUGAACAGCUACACAGAAAUUGGAGCCAGUCACCCUCAUGCUAUGGAACUUCAGACACAGCACAACCAUUUUGCUAUGAACUGUAUGAAUGUGUACGUGAAUAUAAAUCGCAUAAUGUCGGUAGCCAAUCGUUUGGUGGAGUCUGGUCACUAUGCUUCACAACAAAUCAAGCAGAUUGCCAACCAGUUGGAACAGGAAUGGAAAGCAUUUGCUGCAGCCUUGGAUGAACGCAGCACCUUGCUGGAUAUGUCGGCUAUUUUCCACCAGAAGGCUGAGCAGUACAUGAGUAACGUGGAUUCAUGGUGUAAGGCCUGUGGUGAAGUAGAACUUCCCUCAGAACUACAAGAUUUGGAGGAUGCUAUUCACCAUCACCAAGGAAUAUAUGAGCAUAUUACCCUGGCAUACUCUGAGGUAAGUCAGGAUGGGAAAUCACUCCUUGACAAACUGCAACGACCUUUGACACCUGGAAGCUCAGAUUCCCUAACUGCUUCAGCCAACUACUCCAAGGCAGUGCACCAUGUCCUAGAUGUUAUUCAUGAAGUGCUGCAUCACCAGAGGCAGUUGGAGAACAUUUGGCAACAUCGAAAAGUUCGCUUACAUCAACGGCUUCAACUCUGUGUCUUUCAACAGGAUGUACAACAGGUGCUGGAUUGGAUCGAAAACCAUGGAGAAGCUUUCCUUAGUAAACAUACAGGAGUUGGGAAAUCCUUGCAUCGAGCCAGGGCACUGCAGAAGCGCCACGAAGACUUUGAAGAAGUGGCACAGAAUACAUAUACUAAUGCAGACAAAGUGCUAGAAGCAGCUGAGCAGCUGGCACAGACAGGAGAGUGUGACCCGGAAGAGAUUUAUCAAGCAGCCCAUCAGCUGGAAGACCGGAUACAAGAUUUUGUUCGGCGGGUGGAGCAGCGCAAAAUCUUACUGGACAUGUCUGUAUCUUUUCAUACCCAUGUUAAAGAGGUAAGCAAAACAAUAAAUAACAUCAGGAUCUUUGUAAGUGCAUGCUCAGAAGCUAAAAUAGAAACUUACAGCAGCAAAAGCUGGAUUGGUCUUUCAACAGAUCCUGAACAAUGUGACAUUUUUUUGGGUUCCCAUUCCUUCUAAUAGACCUUGCCAGUUUUGCCUGAUGCAAAGCAGCCUUUCAAACAGUAUUGGUUAUUUGCUGCAUUAGCUGCUCUUUUAAUUUCUUUCAAUGCCUCUGAAUGCUGUUAACUUGGGUGCACUCUAGGGUGGAUCCUGCCCCACUUGAAAAACUACAACACAAGUAAAAACGUAGGUGAUCAAGGUAAAUAUCAGCUUUAGGCCUUGGAAGCCAGGUAGCCUCUCAAACACAGUAGGUACUAUGUAAAAAAUGCAUUGGGUCGUAGUUUUCCUUGAAGGGACAAGCAAUCAUUUAAUAUUUGCAAUUAAAAGAAUUAGCGAUCUGAGAGAGAGAAACCAAUCUAAUUUAAGGUGGUUAAUAUAAAUUUCACUAGUAUUCAGGAUGUAAUAUACUGUAUAUAGAUGCUCUUUCAGUUUAAAUUUUCCCCCAAAACUAUAAUCCAUUCCCUUUCCUUAAAGUUAUUCACUGACAUGCUUAACCAGACUAGUCCAAGUGAUAUCAGAUGAGGGUCCAUUUUUGGCUGUUGGACUCAUUUGGCGUUUUGAGGGCACAUAGUAGGCACUUUUACCACAUGGGAGCUGGGUAAGCUUUCCCUUUCCUCAAUGGCAACCAUGGAAGACAUAAAAGGUACAAAUCACACAGUUACCAGAAUGUUACCUAUUACUGCCUCCUCUCCCUGCUGCUGGAUGCUAUUUUUUUUUUAUCUCUGCUUAACUUUGUUAUCUGCUGGGAAUCAUAUGUUUCUAAGUGCAUUGGGUUGAAGCCAUUUUCUAAGAAAAUGUUUGUGGCCCAGAGGCCAUUCCUGAAAAUAAAGGUGUUUUUGGAGAUUCUUUCCUUCCUUUUCUACCUGCUGAAUCCUCCAUUUUUUUCAAUUAAAAGAGUAUUUGAAAGAUGAGAUCGGGACUUCAGCAAAAUACAACAUGGAUGCUCUGGCUCCUACAUUGGAGAUUUCAGAUCUAAUGGCUGCAGAAAGUGUUACAAAAAGUCAGCCAACCAGUUUAUCUCAGGUUAAAAAAUAGUAUAAAAGUCUUGUCCCCAAAAUGUUAUCUUUAAAAUAGAAUAAAAAGCAAACAAAAAAAAAACAGUCAAAAUAAAUAAGGGGGAUGGAAUUACAUUUUCUUUUAAGCAUGAGAAAAUUCCACUGAUUACUAAAGAACGUACAAUGAGGAUUCAUACAAGAAUAUGGCUAAUAAAUUACUCUUUUGGUGAUCAGUGGAAUAUUUCUUGUUUUAGGAGAGAGUUUUAUUAUGCUGUAUUUUUAUUAAAGUAAAAGAAUAAAAACAAAAUUUCUCUCCCUCCUUCCAGCACUUUGAGCUGUUACCCCAUUACAAAGCAACUUCCUGUCUAUCAUUAUACUUACUUCAUUUUUAAUGUAAUACAUAAAUGGUAAACUUGGCUCUUGGUAAGAAAUUUCUGUUCUUCUUAUGCAAUAUUACUGGAUUUGUUUAUACUAGAAAGUGAAGAGAAAUCUAAAGGAUAGUUGUACAUUCAUGAGUUAUUGGAAGCUAUCUCCACAAAAUGGUUUCCUCAGCUGUCGGCUUAAUAGGAAUAUUCAGCAAAGGCAGGAGGGAACAGAAGACAAGACUAUUACCUGUUGCCAAAGAUCAGGAAAAAAUAAAUGGAAAGUAUGUAACAAAGUUGAUACUUCCAGUUGUUAAUUGUUCAGGGUUGCCCAAAUCUGUUUUUUCCUCUACCUCUUCUCUAUCUUAUGUCAUAAUCAUGUUUUUGAUUUUUUUAAAAAAAUUGUAAAUCUGAAAUCAGGAGGUAGAUUACUUUUUAUUAUCUGAGUCGCUCUUGGAACUCUUCUGGCUAAAGCGCAGAGUACAAAAUGUACAGAUAAAUAAACCUUACACUUUUCUGGUCUUAGGUUCUUGCUUAGUGUUACUUACAGGUAAAACAUUUUGAAGGCAAGAUACAAUCAUAUGAAAAAGCAAGUUCACCCUCUUUGAAUUCUAUGGUCUUACAUAUCAGGACAUAGUAAAAAAAAAUCUGAUCCUUAGCAGUUCUUAAACACAGGUAAAUACAACCUCAGAUGAACAACAAUAUGUGACAUAUUACACCAUGUCAUUAUUUUACAAAAAGAAAGCCAAAUUGGAUUGUAGGUUGGCACCUGUGUUGUUAUAUUUCACAUGAAGAACCUGUUGAUUCUUGUGAUUUAUUUUAGUUUAUUGUUUCAAAAUAACACUUCCUCAGGCAACUAGGUGUGCUGGCCUUUAACCACCAGUUUCCAUAGCUCCAGAAUGAAUUUCAGCCCCCAACAUAUCCAGAAGCGUUUUUUUUUAAAGUGAGUCAAUGAUGGGAAGCCUUUGGUAUGCUUUGAAGUAUUUCCAGAAAUACUAGUUAAGAGAUUAACCUGGUGGUAGCAGUAAAACUAACCGGAGAAUAUUGGAGUAUUUUAAGUUGGAGUGUAAAAAAAAUCAAAACUGGCACAAUCUAAUAAGGUUUGGAAUUGUAGGGUUGCAGGAGAACAGUAGAAGAAAUGAGAAAGGCUUAGAGCUACUAGGUCUGGGCUGCAAAAAGCCAGAUAAACAGUAGCCGCUAAGGAAUUACAAAAAAAAAACAAAACAAAAACAAAAACUUUUUGUUGCCCUGCUGUGUUCAUUCAGCCUUUUGGAGCCCUCAUGUACCGGUAGUAGCCUUAAGAAAAUGAGCAAGAUGAUACAAUAAAGAAUACGAAGCAGAGAGGAGACUGUCUAUCAAUAUUUUGAGUGUUCAGUCUAUGUCUUGUAUGCUAAGGAGCCUGAGGUGAGAAUCGCAGAGGUUAAAGCAGUGGUUUUAAAUAUGUUCAUGGAAGUUUGUGAAUUUGUGCAAGAGAGAGCGUGCGAAAAAACAGUAAAUUCAAUGGAGUUGUACUGAAAAUUAGUGUCACUCCUUCGAGUUAGCCGUGUCAGGAAAUGGACACUACAGAGACUGCUGGAACGUAUCACUGUUCCAGUGAGUACACGUUCAGAGAUGUAGGUUGUUCUUCAGUUUUGAAAGUAGUUCCUACCAACUCCAGCAGGAGAGAGCUGACUGAAAAAUAGCUCAGCGGCAAUGAAGAUCACUAGGAAAAAAGUAGCAUUUGAAUAAACCUUUUAAAGCAAAAAAGUAGAACAAAAACUUUCAUAAUCUUCACUGGCAACAGCCAGAUCUAAAUGAGGAUGAAAUGAGCUUUUAUUCUAGUAUUUUCAGCUCCAGGAACCACGCUAUAGUUUUUCACAAUGGUUAAUUUAA